GUCUCCGGUGCUAUCCCCGGUUCUCUGACCGUGCUGAGUCUCACCGUCGGACCUGUACCGUGAGUCCGCUGCGGGACGCUGCUGUCCGGACUACGCUCUAUCCGGGUCCGUCGAUCCGGGGACACAAUGUUAUAAGAGAAACGCAAAGAAAAACGAAAAACAAGUUUAUUAAAAUUCAGAAAUAUAAUCCACUUCCGAUGCCGAUCUCUGACGUGAUUUCCGCGCAACCGCGCUGUAGUUUCUUUACUGGUUUGUAACGUUAAUGUGCACGCAGUAGGACUACAAUACCCAGAGUGCACCGUGGCUCGCAGAAUCACAACACCAAUGGCGACUGAAGGACGAAGUGACUGAUGAUAGUGUAUAUCCGGUAUAACCUGGGCCCCAGUGUGCCCGUGGAGCUCCAGGAGGAGGCGAGUGUGGCCGAGCUGAAGGAGCUGGUGGGGACUCAGCAGGGAGUCCGUUCGGAGCUCCUCAGGGUGCUGUUUGCUGGGAGGGAGCUGAGGAGCAGCUUCACACUACAGGGUUGUGACCUCCCGGAGCAGAGUACCGUCCAUGUCGUCCUCCCUCCAUCAGGUUCCUCCUCCGCCCAGCUUCUCCUCCUGCAGGAGCGCCUGGUUCGAGGAGGGGAGGACGAGCCAGAGAGUCUGGCCAGGCUGGACCUCACAUCCUCACGCCUCCCUUCCACCUCCUCCGGGCUGGCGGUGAUCCUGGAGGGGAGUGAUGGGGGAGGAGGGGAAGGAGCAGGAGGAAGAGCAGAGGAGGCAAGAGAGGAGGUGCAGGCUGCAAGUUUGAAAGGUGUGCGUACCUGCAGUACUUUCUUUGUGUACUGUAAGAGCUGCAGGUCGAUCCAACCAGGAAAGCUGAGAGUCUGUUGCAGCAGCUGUCGACAAACAACACUGACACUCAGCAGGGGUCCCUCCUGUUGGGACGACGUCCUACUUCAAGGUCGUGUCCAUGGCUUGUGUCAAUCAGACGGUUGUCACGGCAACGAAGCGGAGUUCUACAUGAAGUGUGCCUCCCAUCCGACCUCAGAGGACGAAGUCUCUGUGGCCCUUGACCUCAUUUUGACCAACAGAAGAGACGUCCCCUGUAUCGCCUGCUGUGACAUCACGGACGUGGUCCUGGUCUUCCAGUGUUCAGAGCGUCAUGUGAUCUGUCUGGACUGUUUCCAUGUCUACUGUCAGACUCGUCUCAAUGAGAGACAGUUUGUUUCUCACCCUGUGAUUGGCUACUCGCUGCCGUGUGCUGCCGACUGCACCGACUCUCUCAUUAAAGAGUUGCAUCACUUCAGGAUUCUAGGAGACGAUCAGUAUGGGCGGUACCAGCAGUACGGGGCGGAGGAGUGCCUGCUGAUGAUUGGAGGACUGAUGUGUCCGUCACCCGGCUGUGGAGCGGGGCUUAUCCCACCUGACGGCAGCAGGAAGGUGCUUUGUGACGGACAGCUCGGCUGUGGCUUCGUCUUCUGCAGAGACUGCAGGGAGGGGUUCCAUGAGGGCGCGUGUCUCACUGAACAGGCCCCGCCCACAGCUGAAGCCUCUCAGGGUUUCCUGGUGGAGGAGGAGGCGUCUCUCAGAGGGAGGUGGGAUCAAGCCUCCCUGCUCCUCCUUCAGGAGUCGACUAAACGUUGUCCUCAGUGUCGUGUUGCUGUGGAGAGAGACGGUGGCUGUAUGCACAUGCAAUGUCCUCUGUGCAGAGCCGAGUGGUGCUGGAUCUGUGGAGUCUCCUGGAACCUGGACUGUAUGGGGAACCACUGGUUCGGAUGAAACCAC